AUGAAGGACAACUCUGGUUAUGUUGGUGCAAUCCUCCUGGUCUGCUAUGAUAUUGUCAUAUUCUCCCAUUUGGUUAUUGCCAUUAAUCGCAUGUCCGCUGUUUUCUUCCCAUUGCACUACACUGAUCACUUCAGGUGA